AAUAAAAUACCUCUAUAAAUAACCACCACUUCAUUAAUAAAUUCUCACAACACUCACACCAAAACACUCAACAACUAAACAAACACUCACCAACUAUCCCAAUGGAUUCACUUUCUUACCCUUACUACGCCGUAGCAUGGCUAGCCACGGUGGUCCUCCUCCUCCUAUCGCGUCGUCUCCGUCGUCGCCGCAACCUCAACCCACCACCGGGCCCUAAACCAUGGCCAAUAAUUGGAAACCUUAACCUCAUAGGCACCCUCCCCCACCGUUCCAUCCAUGAUCUCUCCCAAAAAUAUGGAGAGAUCAUGCAACUUAAAUUCGGCUCGUUUAACGUCGUAGUUGGAUCCUCGGUCGAAAUGGCCAAGGUGUUUUUAAAGACACAGGAUCUUAACUUUGCUUGUCGUCCAAAAACCGCAGCGGGUAAAUACACAACUUAUAAUUACUCUGAUAUUACAUGGUCCCCAUACGGGGCGUAUUGGAGACAAGCGCGUAAAAUGUGUGUUAUGGAGUUGUUUAGCGCGAAGCGACUCGAAUCGUACGAGUAUAUUCGAGUGGAGGAGACAUAUUCAUUAAUAAAAACUAUAUUUAAAUCUUCUAGACAAGAGAUUCUGUUGAAGGAUCUUUUGUCAACCGUGAGUUUGAAUGUUAUUAGUAGGAUGGUGUUGGGGAAGAGGUAUUUGGACGAGUCGGAGAACUCGGUUGUGAGUCCGGACGAGUUUAAGAAGAUGUUGGAUGAGUUGUUUUUGUUGAAUGGUGUGUUUAAUAUUGGCGAUUCGAUACCGUGGAUUGAUUUCAUGGAUCUACAAGGGUAUGUGAAGCGGAUGAAGGCGGUUAGCAAGAAGUUUGAUCGGUUUUUGGAGCAUGUUUUGGAUGAGCAUAACUCGCGGCGAAAAGCAGAGGGGGAGAAGUUUGUCGCGACGGAUAUGGUUGAUUUGUUGUUGCAGCUUGCUGAUGAUCCGAAUCUUGAUGUCAAGCUUGAAAGACAUGGCGUUAAAGCUUUUACACAGGACUUGCUUGCCGGUGGAACCGAGAGCUCGGCUGUUACUGUCGAAUGGGCGAUUUCCGAAAUCUUUAAAAAACCCGAGAUAUUCAAAAAGGCAACCGAAGAGCUCGAUCGAGUCAUAGGCAAGAACAGAUGGGUUCAAGAAAAGGACAUGCCUAACCUACCUUACAUCGAGGCGAUUGCUAAGGAGACAAUGAGGUUGCACCCCGUGGCACCAAUGUUGGUCCCAAGAAGAGCUCGUGAGGAUUGUAAAGUAGCCGGUUAUGACAUUACCGAAGGAACCCGAGUGUUGGUUAGCGUUUGGACCAUCGGGAGAGAUCCUAAACUGUGGGAUAACCCCGAAGAGUUUUGUCCUGAAAGAUUCACUGGAAAGGAAAUUGAUGUCAAGGGUCAUGACUUUGAGUUGUUACCAUUUGGUGCGGGCCGAAGGAUGUGCCCCGGGUAUAGCUUAGGAUAUAAGGUUAUCGAAGCGACAUUGGCUAACUUACUUCACGGGUUUAACUGGAAAUUGCCGGGUACAAUGACCAACGACGACUUGAACAUGGAGGAGAUUUUCGGGCUAUCGACACCAAAGAAAUUUCCACUUGUCACAGUGGCUGAACCAAGGCUUCCACUUGAAAUGUACCAUCUUUAGUGUGUGUUUGUUGCAAGCUUUAAUUAUGUACGAUGUCAAUGUAUCACUCUCCUUUUCAUAUUUAUAUAUAAAUAAAUAAAUGCAAGUGUCUUUCAAUGCU